AAUGUUGUCGUACACAUACAUGCACAGGCCUUCAGGAGCACCGGAAAUGCAGAAAUGGGCGCCGGAAAUACGGAAACAGACACCGGAAAUGCGGAAGUCGACACCGGAAAUGCGGAAGCAGACACCGGAAAUGCGGAAGUCGACACCGGAAUUGCGGAAACGGGCACCGGAAAUGCGGAAGCAGACACCGGAAAUGCGGAAACGGACCCUAAGGAUGCGGCCGCUACAGAGGGCGAGGCCCUGAGAAGAACAAAGGACGCUGGGGGACUGGCGGCUUCCUUCAGCAUCCACUCAUAUGGCAGCUUAUGGCUCUAUGCUUAUGGCUACACCAGCGCCCUGCCCCCCGACCAUCUGGAGAUGGAGCGCGUGUCGGCGGCGGGGGUGGCGGGAAUAGCGGCGGUGAACGGCAGCGUCUACACGGCGGGCCCUCACUACACCACCAUUU